AUGACCACGUCGUACCUCAGCCAGCACCAGCAGCUGCGGGUGCAGCAGGUGUAUACGACGCACAAGCACCUGAAGGAGCUGAACAUAGCCACCAAAGAGGUUCUGGUAUACCACGACAAGUACUUGGCCGCUAUGGAGAAAUUAAUGAGCUGCCUCCUGAACAACAGCGACGUCAUGGAGGACGCGCGGAGGCACCUCGCUCAGGAGGCAGCGGUGGUCAUUCAGCCCACAUGUCCUACGGCUGGCCGCCUCGCCGCUGCGUAUAGGAACUGGCGCGUCUCUGCCGAACUGCAGAUGAUGCGGACGGAGCUGGAGUUUCUCAAAGAGGUCAGCACCACUGGGCGCGAGGCAGUCAAGAAGACGAAGAAUGCUGUGCACGGACUGGAGAAGGUGGCGAAAAAGUGUGCCCACGUGAACUCGCCGGAGUUUGAAGCGAAGAUCUCCAGCAAGUCUGGAAAGGCGCUGGAGAAGUUGUUGAACGAGCGGCAGGAGGCAGAUACAGUGAUGAUGAACAUCGAGAAUGCCAUUAAGAACGACAUGGUGUCACUCGCGACGUCAUGGUCUGCGAAGCUUGUAACUCGCGGUGACGCACUCUACACAGCCUUUCGGAGCCUUGGUUGCAGAACAGUGGCGUGCUUUCCAACCACUGUCCCGACACUCCCGCAAGGGAUGCCUUCUCCUGCAGCUGGAUAUGUGCUGCCGCCGCCAUCCUCCGCCAGCACGUCGGUGCCGCACAGUGGGGGCACCGCAGUCGGCCAUGGCACCUCCUCUGCCUACCCAGCUGCCGAGAGUGCUGAGUAUGCGGCAGUGCCCCUCGUCUCAGCCGGUGACGGUGCCGCUGCAGGCGUUACGCUUGAGUUUGACGCGAGCGAAGGCAAACCUGUGUCAUCGUAG